AUGCAGAUUCAGAAGCUCGUUGCCGCCCUUGCGGGCAUGGCCGCCGUCGCCGACGCCUCCGUCACUUUCCUCGACUCGCCUUUGAGCGCUGCCUUGGCCAAGCGUCAGAACCGUGGUGGAAACAACAACAACAAUAACAACAACGGUGGAAACAACAACCAGCUCUGCUUGAACCAGGCCGCAGUGCAGACGGGUUCGCAGCAGGCCGGAAAGCCCUCCGCGCAACAAGCCAACUCGGCCACUGACAAAGCCAACUUCAUCAACUUCUGCAACGGCCAGACUCUGACCAACGGUGAACAGAAGACUGGAGGCUCUUGCAACGGUAUUGUCAUGGGCAAGAUCCCCGCUCAGGCCAAGAUGGUCUCGACCAUCAUCCAGAACCCCCCUCACAACGGCAACAUCCAGGCCAACAAGGAUUUCGACGUCCAGCUGAAAGUCAACAACCUGCAAGCCGGUUCCUUCACCGACGCUCAGUCUACGUACUACUCGGCUCCCCAGAACCUCAACGGCGCUGGCCAGAUCAUUGGUCACGUUCACGUCACCGUUCAGGAUAUGGGUGGCUCCCUCACUCCCGGAAACGCCCUGGACCCUACCAAGUUCGUCUUCUUCAAGGGUAUCAACGACGCUGGCGAUGGAAACGGCAACCUCAAGGCCACUGUUACUGGAGGUCUCCCUGCUGGAAACUACCGUGUCUGCACCAUGUCCAGUGCUUCCAACCACCAGCCUGUCCUGAUGCCUGUCGCCCAGCGUGGUGCCCAGGAUGACUGCAACAAGUUCACCGUUGGAGGUAACGGCGGUGGCAACAACGGUGGCAACAACGGCGCCAACAACAACCAGCAGAACAAUGGCCAGCAGAACAAUGGCCAGCAGACACUGACCGAAUCGUUAGACAACCAGCAACAAAACAACGGCCAGAACCAGAACCAAGGGCAAAACCAAGGUAACCGUGGAGGUAAGCAGAACGGUGGCGGCCAAGGUGGCCGCGGUGGUUUCCCUGGCCAAUUUCCCCAACCCUCUGGAAGCGCAACCCCUGGAUCGGCCACAUCACAACCCCAGACCGGAAAUGCUAACACAGCCGGCCAGGGCGGGGACGCCGCCAGUAAUUCGGGCGCGUCGAAGCAAGGCGGAGGCACCUCCGGCAACAGCAACACCGGAUCCGGACAGAACGCCAACGGUAACCCUGGAUCUGGCAAAGGAGGCGCGACGUCGAACGCUAUCGGCGGAGUCGCGGCCCCGGCGGUCACGAACUCUGGCGAUAGCAGCCGACCCUUCUCCGUCAACGGCAACUCGUUCGUCUCCAAGGCUUCUGCCGUGCAGCGUGCCUGCGACAUUCAACGGAACGGCUGUCUCAAUGCUUUCAACGGUGGACGUCUAAACGGGGGAACCAUUGCCGACUGCGAUGCCCAGGUCCAGGCCUGCACCCAGGAGCUCUCGUAA